AGAAAAAGAGGCUCCGCCGGUCACCGUGAUGCCCGUAACGGGUGGAACCAUAAACAUGAUGGAGUAUCUUCUGCAAGGCAGCGUACUGGAUCAGUCUAUGGAGAGUCUCCUGCAUCGACUCAGAGGUCUGUGUGAUAACAUGGAGCCUAAAAGCUUUGCUGAUCAUGAGCUGGUGUAUCUCCUGAAGGGUCAACAGGGCAACCCCUUCAUGCUGCGUGCGCGCCGCUCGCUUCUUCACCCCACUGCCCCUUGGCAUCUGCGCUAUCUUGGUCAGCCGGAGGUGGGCGACAAAAGCCGUCAUGCCUUGGUGCGCAACUGUGUGGAUGUGGCUGCCUCACACAGCUUACCGGAGUUUCUCAACGAGAUGGGUUUCCGCAUGGACCAUGAGUUUGUGGCCAAGGGUCAAGUGUUCCGGAAGGGUGCGAUGAAGGUGGUAGUGAGCAAACUGUUACGUGUCCUGGCGACAGGAAACACGGAGAACACAGAGCCGCUGUCUCUGUCGUAUCUUGUUGAGCUGAGCGUUCUGGCUCCUGCAGGACAGGACAAUGUUUCUGAGGAUAUGAGAAGCUUUGCAGAACAGCUGAAACCUCUGGUGCACCUGGAGAAAAUUGACCCUAAAAGACUUAUGUAGUGUGACUUCAUUUGAGACUUUUGCUUGUGAUAAUGAUGAUGGGUAUUUUAUGCUUAUCGAUUGAUAAACAUCCAAAACAUGUAUUUUUAGUAACUAAAUAAGUCUAAAAUAACUGAAUGAUGAAAAAAAAUUGUGGCAAAUAAAACUUUAA